CUCAUGGACGUCGUCGAAGCGAAUCGCGCUGCUCGCGCAUCAGCUUCGUCCUGCAGUACCGGUACUACGCGAAUGAGGACUACAACUACAGAUGAUUUGCCAGUCGGAGAACCAGUGAAUUUCCCCUACCCCUUUGCGCCCGGAUCAAGAUGUAGUGCUGGAGCAGGGGGUCCUCAUCAAAGCAGCACGACAACAGGAGCAGAGGGACAAGAAUCAGGGUCAGCAUCAUCUUCGAGUACCAGGGCACCUGAUCCUGAAAGAAUUCGGCUGUCAACUGCAUCGUCGAGGAAUUCUUCUGUUGCUGAGUUCCCUCUACCUAGUGAAACAGGAAUGUUUACGCUUCCCGAUGGCUCCUCAAUCACGCUGGCCAGUCGCACAGCGAAGAAUAGCAACGUUCACGAAAUUCUGCCAGAGAAAAGCUGCUUCUGCUUCUACGUCAUUGACAACAGCGGUUCGAUGGGCCGCAAUGACGGAAAGAUUUUAUGGGCGGGGUUGGGGUGGAGCUGAAGAUAGAGUGGUUUUUAACAACUGGUAAGUGAGAGAGAAGAGCCGGGAAAUACAGGCAAUGAUAGCAAAACUACUUCCUAGAGUGCUUUUUGAUAACAAUACGAAAUGCUCAAUGGCGCGGGCGCAGCUCUGUAUUUAUUCAUUGUUGCCGUAUAGAACCUGCAGCAGUGUUGCUGUUGUAUUUGAAAGAAAUGAGAUAACUACGAGAACCUUGUUCUUGCCCUGUCUAAGUCUCUUUCAGGGCAAGUUUAGGGACGGCCGGCUCGAGAAAAAAGCGCAUGGGUUGGUUACGCGAUGGCAAGAGGCCGCGCACAAGACGGUGCAGAUUGCGCUCUACAAUUUGAGACGGAAAAUGCGCGGAGUCUACUUCCUGUUGAAUCCAGGAACUGUGAAGAACCAAUGGCUGGACAAUCGUGACCAAGUGGUAGUGGAUUGUACCGGUGCUGACCUCGUAGCAUUAAGCAGAGAACUGAAAAAGCACUUUGACGAAGCUGGAUCAGCUGUGUCGUUUACCGGCGGUGGCUCAUCUUCGAGCUCGAGCCCUACAAGAUCAACGUCAGGCUCGAAUGCAGGAUUGCGAGAUGGUAGUAAAAAUAAUAAAGUUACGCCUGUGGUGUGUAAAGCAAUGCGCGCGAUUGCCUAGAGGCUGUCCAGGUAUCAACUCCAUGGCAGGCUAUUGGUUUCCCUGUUGGCGUGUGAAAAAAGCUGUGGCGUCUCUGGUGUAGGUGAAAUGGAUUUUGUACUCUAGGCUACUUACUUGCUGCUUGGUUGUUCAUCUUUACGGCUACGCUCGUCUCGAAGAAUACAUAGAUCCCAAUCUUUUGCAUAGUUAGUAUUACAAAUUUUAAUAUAGCUCGUACCACAGGCACACUUCUGCUGCCUCAACUGCUGCGCCUUGGUACCACACCUGACCGCAUGCGGGAUUUAAUGGAGAUCUUGCGACGGAGUAAUAAUAGCGACAUUGCCACGAGGCUUGAGAUUCUCUUUUUCACGCUUCUGUCGGCAAGUAAUAUUCGUGGUUCUACACCGCUACACAAGGUGACGCAAUAUCUCAGUGCGCACCUCGUCUCCAGCUUAGAAAGUAACUCAUUUGGCGGCCCAGGCGGCUUUGCAAGAGGAAGAGAGACGAGGACGACUUCCUCAUCUGCUGCCCCAUCUGGGAGAGACUCUGUUGGUGUUGCUGCGCAAAAUAACGAUCGUGAAGAACUCAACAACGAUAUUACAUCAAACACCAGUGCAACUCCGCAGCAUGCGAUGCCGAUAUGUUUUAAUCUGAUUACGGACGGGGAGCCAGACAACCGCGUGCAAUUUGAAACGGAGCUGAAGUUAUUGUGUAAUACGUUUCGGACCUCCCUUUCGGUGAUGCUGACGAUCAACCUGUGCACGGAAGACGACGACGUCGUAGAGUACUACAACGACUUGGAUAAGGCUCUAGGAAACGAAAUCAACGGCCUCGAUGUCCUCGACGAUUUGGAAAGCGAACAGAAAGAGAUUCUCAAAGCGGGAAACACAUUCGUGACGUACUGCGAAGAGAUUCACAUCGCACGCAUGGCCGGGUGCAACACAGUGAUUGCGGAUAGCAUAGACGAAGAGCCGUUGAUCAUGUUUCACGCCACAAAAAUGGUCAAAGAACUGUUGGGCUUGGGGCGCAACAGCGGAUUGCUAGGAGGAGAAUCGCCAUCGCCUGCUGCGUCACCUGAACGACGGAAUAGUGGAGAAAGUCAGAGCAUUGGGACGGCGGCAGCAGAGGGUACUUCUUGGUCUUUGGCUUCUAAGUACACGACCGACAGCGUACAGCUGAUAUCUCGUUACUAGAUGAUAGUGCGAUUCCUGCCGUAUUUAGACUUAUACCUAAGUAAUUAAGUAAAAACUAAAGGUGCGUCUUACCAAGAUCCAAAUUCUUCUGCAAGAGCUCGAUUCUUGGCAAGACGCUAUUUUUUUAGCGUCAAGACGCUAAUUUUUUUAGAGUCUACUGUCUUGUGUUGAAGAUUAUCUAAACCUCUUUUUGGCUAUAUUUACUAAUCAACACCUAUAACAAAGCUUCAGCUACAAAAAAGGAACUGAUGAAAACGCAGGUUUUGUGUCCGCCGCGCAGCACAUGGCUGAGGAACGUAUUGCCUACCAGCUUGCAACAAAGGACCCUUAUUGGCGUGAUCUUCCCAACUGGUACGAGGAAACAGACGACUACAUUGCAGCAGUAAAAGACUACAACCGUUACGUGUAUGAUUGGUACAACCGGAGGUUUAGGCCACUUGUUCUUUGCGACAAGCUUAGCAGUCAGAUAUGGUGGUACAAGCAGAAAGACGGCGCGAAGCGUUUCUUCUCAGGUCUCUUUGGGGGAGGUGGUGGGCGUUGAGAGGACAGAGACACGACCGCGACUGACUUGUCAAUGAAUGUGACACAAUCGAUAUCGCGUUGGAUGCUGAUAUCUUCGUGUUUAAUGUGUAUCCAAGAGUCUUGACAUCGC